CGGAAGGUUGUGUUGAGUUUCUGAGCUUCAAUCUCAUGCGGCCUCGUCGCGAUUAUCCAGUUUACACAUGUUUAUUCGGAUCCAGGAGGAUAUAUUCAAAGACAUAUUGAGUUAAUAUCGCCCAUGGACAUGGAUGCGGUGAAUGCCUUUAACGGGGAGAUGUCGUCCAUGAUGGACAUGACUCCCCCGAUCUCUCGAGCCAAAAUGAUGUCAGUAACCAAAGCAGGAAUCAAAGCUAUCAAACUUUACAAGCACGUUGUUCAAAUCGUGGAGAAGUUCAUCAAGAGGUGUAAACCAGAUCUAAAGGUCCCUGGUCUCUAUGUGGUGGACUCAAUUAUCCGACAGUCACGCCAUCAGUUUGGCGCAGACAAAGAUUUGUUUGGUCCGAGGUUUUUGAAAAACUUCACUGUAACAUUUCAGAAUCUUUUCCAGUGCCCAGCCGAUGACAAGGGGAAGAUAUUGCGUGUGUUAACUCUGUGGCAGAAGAAUGAGGUGUUUGGCAUGGACGUCAUUCAGCCGCUGUUAGACAUGGCCACAGCUCCUCUACUGUCCGUUUUAGAGAAUGGAACCACAGUUGCCGCUCCUCCAGCCAUGCCAAUGCCAAUACCAAUGGCAGUGGCAGAGCCAGCACCAGCACCAUUUAUUGCAGCUGCAACGCCUGCGCCAGCGCCCGUACCCGUACCCAACCUUCAGAGCCCAGUGCCCCUCGCUGCCGUCACUCAGCUCCUACAGGGCACAGGGGGCGUAGAGUUACAGCAGCUUCUCCAAAGUCUUCAGCAGGCUGGAGGGGCGGGGCUUCCUCAGUCCACGGCCCCGCCCACCGAGCAGAAACCAUCAUUAGCUAAGUCUCUGCUGGAUCGAUUUGAUUAUGAUGAUGAACCUGAACCUGUAGAGGAAAAGACUGAACCAGCCCCUGGUGCUCCCAUUACCAUAAACCUCCCUCCAGAAUUACAGCAAGCCUUGCAAGCUCAUCUUCUAAGUCAAAUCGCUAACCAGGUAUUAAUUCUGGCCGACAGAGCUUUAAAGAAUAAGGACUUGUCAAAAAUAUUGCAUGAAAUUAAAGUGUUUUCUCACGUCCAGACACAGAUGCAGGGACAGAUGGUGUCGCAGGGUCAAGUGCCGUCCCAGGGUCAGAUGGCACCUCAGGAGCUCCCAUCGAUGGUUCAGACCCAGAUACCAGAUAUCCCUCCUCAAACCUUUGAUGAGAACCUCAUACAGCAUAGUACAACCCAGCAGCCACAGGAUUCAGCUGAGACAGAACGCUCGGUGCAUGAUGGGAGAGAUCGAAGACACGGCAGACGAACCGGAUCAAGGUCUCCACGGAGGCGAUCGUCUUCACACUCACGCAGAUCGCGGUCCGGUUCCCGUUCCCGGAGAGAACGCUCGAGGUAUCAUCGCACGCGCUCCCGAUCCAGAGAGCGUCGAGGACGUUCACCACGGCCACGCUCAGAGGAGAAGAGAGACCGGGAGAAAGAGCGAGAGCGGAGACAGAAAGGAUUUCCGCCCAUCAAGAAGGAAACUCUCAGCGUCUGCAGUACUACAUUAUGGAUCGGACAGCUGGACAAAAAGACUCAACAGCAGGACAUCAUGAGUCUGAUGGAGGAGUUCGGACAGAUCGAGUCCAUCAAUAUGAUUCCUCCCAGAGGUUGUGCCUACAUCGUCAUGGUGCACAGACAGGAUGCCCAUACAGCCCUGAGCAAACUCAGCAGAGGGGCUGUUAAAGUCAACCAGAAAUCCAUUAAGAUCGCAUGGGCAUUGAAUAAGGGCAUAAAGACGGACCUGAAGAAGUACUGGGACGUGGAGCGGGGCGUCACUUACGUCCCCUGGGAAAAAGUCAAACCCGAUGGUAUCCUGAAUCUUCAAGAAGGAGGCAUGCUUGACUUGGAAACACUCAAAUCAGAGUGGAGAAGUGCUGUGUCCAAACUGGUUGUGCCAGUAAGAGAAGGACCUGAAGGAAAACAGGAAGAUGGAGCUGCACUACCAGCGGUAUCACAGGUAAAACAUGAGGGGUUUCCUACAGAACUCCUCAAGGGUGUUAGGUGUCUCGUUCAACUUUUCUGCUCUCGUUUUGUCACGUCUUCGGCUUAUAGUAGGCAAACAGUGUUUCUGUGUUAUUUGCUUUGCACUGACGGUUUACUGGUGCAUGGUUGCCAUCAUAUCUGGCAAAUGAAGAGCCAUAGAGCUCCAAAUAAAGCAAGGUUAGUGUCAUGACUGUCUAGUUUUCUUUCCGUGUUUCAGCAACAUCGCUUUCAAUGACAGUUUUUGUCAAAACACGAUCAGUGUCCCACUGCUGUACUACAGUAGAGCUGAUUUUGCAUAAAUGUGUUUCUGUAUUGAGCCAAUCAAUGAUGGUUGACAUGUUGCAAACACUCUCCUCUAAAUCUGUCAUGUGUGUUUUAGAUGGACCAGGUUGCUUUUUAAGAAACUUUUGAAGACUUCACACUAGGGCUGCCCCCUAA